AAUCCCCUCACCAUGAAGUUCAUCGCUGCCACGCUCCUUGUCGCCGCCGCCGGCGUUGCCGCCCAGGGUGUCUCCAUCUCGGCCGUCCCCGCCUGUAUCCUUCAGUGCGUCACCAGCUCGUCCUCGACCGCUGGAUGUGCCGGCCCCACCGAUGUCCAGUGCAUGUGUGUCACCAAGCAGAACGAGUUCAUCACGGCCUCGACCCCCUGUAUCCUCCAGAACAAGUGUGACAUCAACCAGGCCCUGUCCCUCCUCGACCAGAUGUGCACUGGGGGUAUCGCCGGCUUCGCUCCCGGUGCUACUGGCUACCAGGGCGGCGCCGCCGCUUCUGCUGCCGCAGCCUCGGCCACUGGUGGUGGUGGCGGUGGUGCUGCUUCGACGUCUGCCGAAGCCCCCGCUUCGUCGGCUGCUCCCACGUCCGAGGCCCCGGCUUCUUCGUCCGCCGCGCCGUCUGCCGCCGAGUCGUCCGGCGGUGCCGGAGCCAGCGCCAGCGGAGCCAGCGCCAGUGCCGUCAGCGCCAGCGCCGGUGCCAGCCACUCUGCCGCUUCUGCAUCUGGCGCUUCUGCCUCUGCCGCUGCCGGCUCUGCCUCGGGUACCCACUCGGCUGCGCCUACUACCAGCCCCACGGCCAAGCCCUCGUCUGGCUUCACCGCCAUCACUCUUCCUGCCCUCCCGGUGGCCGUCGCCGCCCUCGUUCUUCCCUUCAUGCUCAUGUGGUAA